UUCUGACUUCUCUCAACCAGUAAUAAAGAGACCGCCUCUCCCUCUCCCUCUCCCUCUCUCUCUCUCUCUCUCUCUAAGAAAAAAUAAUGGACAACGUAGCACUCUUCUUCACCGGUGCUCUCGUAGUCGGCGGUAUCUACUGGUUCCUAUGUGUGCUUGGACCAGCCGAGCGCAAAGGCAAACGAGCCUUGGAUCUAUCCGGCGGCACCAUCUCCGCCGAGAAAGUUCAAGACAACUACAAACAGUACUGGUCUUUCUUCCGCCGUCCCAAAGAGAUCGAAACCGCCGAGAAAGUCCCAGACUUCGUGGACACGUUCUACAACCUCGUCACCGACAUCUACGAGUGGGGAUGGGGACAGUCCUUCCACUUCUCCCCUUCCAUCCGUGGCAAAUCCCACCGCGACGCCACGCGCCUCCACGAAGAGAUGGCCGUAGAUCUGAUCCAAGUUAAACAGGGUCAGAAGAUCCUCGACGUCGGAUGCGGCGUCGGUGGUCCGAUGCGCGCGAUUGCAUCUCACUCGCGAGCCAACGUCGUGGGGAUCACGAUCAACGAGUACCAGGUGAAGAGAGCGCGUGACCACAACAGGAAAGCGGGACUCGACGCGCUCUGCGAGGUCGUGUGCGGCAACUUCCUCCAGAUGCCGUUCGAUGAUAACACCUUCGACGGCGCGUACUCGAUCGAAGCGACUUGUCACGCGCCGAAGCUCGAAGAAGUCUACGCGGAGAUCUACAGGGUGUUGAAGCCCGGAUCUCUAUACGUGUCGUACGAGUGGGUCACGACGGAUAAGUUCGACGCGGAGAAUGAGGAACACGUGGAGGUCAUCCAAGGGAUCGAGAGAGGAGACGCGCUUCCUGGGCUUAGGGCUUAUUCCGACAUAGCCGAGGCGGCGAAGAAGGUUGGAUUCGAAGUUGUCAAGGAGAAGGAUCUGGCGGCUCCGCCGGCUGAGCCGUGGUGGACUAGGCUUAAGAUGGGUCGGCUAGCUUACUGGAGGAACCACAUUGUGGUCCAGGUUUUGUCUGCUGUCGGAGUUGCGCCUAAAGGAACCGUUGAUGUUCACGAGAUGUUGUUUAAGACCGCUGAUUUCUUGUCCAGAGGAGGCGAAACUGAAAUUUUCUCUCCGAUGCAUAUGAUUCUCUGCCGGAAACCUAUUUCUUGAAAUAGAAUCGUCUCCCGAUCUCAGUUUGUUUUUAAUUUUUUCUUUUUAAUGGAUUUUUAAUCAUGCUUGAUCUGUCAAUGUACUCUUUUAGAUUUUUAAAACCGUGUUUAAUCUUAAUUUGGUAUUACUGUUUA